AUGAUCCGCCAGUGCACGUACUGUCCGCAUACGUUCCCGACUCGCCGUGCAUACUGGGAACAUUGGAGGCGCCAUCAUCGCCAUCCGAAACCGCCGGCUCCUUUGAACGCUGUUUACGAACACCCUGUUCUCUCAGGCCAACCAUGUGACCAAAACGGUGUCCCACUCGAGGGGAAUGCUCCACCGCCUCCGCCACCUAUGUAUCCCGAUACCGCGCCGUUUUCAGACCGCCCGGCCUUUGAUUUCGCAUACAACACCUACGCGAAAAUGCAGGGGUCCGAGGCCGACAUCAACGACAUCCUCCGUGACAUCCGUGCACGGAACAUUCUGCAAGGACAUGAUGUCGACCCGCUCUUCAAGUCAUACGAAGACCUUGUCACCACAAUUGAUCAGAUCACCAUUGGCGAUGUUCCCUUCAUCACCGUCUCGGUCCGCUGGGCAGGUCCAGUCGAUGAGAACAGUCCACAAUGGAAGCGUGAAGCCCACGUCGGGCAUCACCGAGAUAUCAUUGAGACGGUUCGCGGGAUGGCAGCAAAUCCAGAGCUCAACGGGCACUGGGACAACACCCCGACGGCGGUGUUCAAUGCAGAUGGUCUACGAGAAUACUCAAAUCUCAUGACCGGUCAAUGGGCAUGGGACCAGGCAGUACUCGUGGAUCCGGAGACUCUCGAGCCGCAGGGAGCCAUGCUGACGCCGGUCCUGCUAGGUGCCGAUAAGACGACCGUUUCUGUCGGUACUGGCAACCGAGCCUACUACCCGCUCUAUACAAGUCUCGGGAACAUUCACAAUGACGUGCGCUGCUCGCACUCCGAUGCGGUGACUGUUCUAGCUUUCCUACCCAUCAUCAAAGGGUCACGAGAAGAUAUGAACGACAAAGAGUUCCGCUUGUUCCGCAAACAGGUUUACCAUACUAUCAUCACACAUAUCCUUUCCCCACUUCGACCUCACAUGCAUGAGCCGAUGCUCUUGCAGUGUCCCGACCAACAUUGGCGACAGGCGAUCUUUGAGCUUGGGCCUUUUUUGGCUGAUUACCCCGAGCAAGUAGAUGUAUGUGGUAUAGUACAAGGCUGGUGUCCAAAGUGCUUAGCCUUCCCAGAUGAGCUUGACAAUAAAGGUUUACCUCGCUUUCGAGAUCUCACUGAGCACUUGCAAGAUGUGUUUGAUCCAGGAACCCUCUGGGAUGUGUUCGGUCUCCUGCAAGACAUAUCACCGUUCACAUACUCGUUUCCUCGUGCCGAUAUCCAUGAGCUCCUUACCCCAGACUUGCUGCAUCAGCUUGUCAAGGGAACAUCCAAGGAUCACUUGGUUGCCUGGAUUGAGGACUACAUUGUGUUGACCUCUGACUCGGAGACAGAAGCCAAGCGAAAGCUUGAUGGCUUAGACCGACGACUUGCUGCUGUGCCGAGUUUCUCUGGCUUGCGCAGGUUGCCUCAAGGACGGAACUUCACUCAGUGGACAGGAGAUGACUCAAAGGCACUUAUGAAGGUGCUGUUACCUGCGCUGGUCGGGGUUGUACCUGAUGAUGUGAUUGAGUGUGUGCGAGUCUUUUUAGACUUUGCAUAUCUUGCUCGCCUGUCAGUGCACACCUCUGUCACCAUUGAUCGCAUGGAGGCCUUGCUCGAGGAGUUUUGCAUCCGUCGGACAGUGUUUAUCGAUGCGGGCGUGCGGAUGCACAUUUUCCUGCCUCGGCAACACGCCUUGGAGCACUACUGCGAGGCAAUUGAACGCUUUGGCUCUCUCAAUGGGCUAAGUACUUCCAUUACGGAGUCAAAGCACAUUGAGGCAGUCAAGCGUCCAUGGCGAGCAUCCAACCGCAAUGAUGCUUUGCCACAGAUGCUGCAACGUAAUGUGCGCCUCAGUAAGCUUAAUGCUCUACGGGCUGCUCUUGGAUCUUCUGGCCUUCUCGAGGGUGAAAUCACUGACUGGGCAAUGCGUGAGUAUGUGCCUUUUGGAUUUAACUUGAUUCCCAACUCAAUGGAUUAUUCAGUCUCACGUGCACGCCUUACUAAACUAGGCGAGAGGUUAGGGGUCCCAGACUUCUAUGCUCGAGUCCGUCGGUUUGUACGUGCUCAAACGUUUGAGGGCAUUGAUGAUCUGGAUGAGGUGGUUCCUCUUGAGGAUUGUCCAUGGAUAGAUGUUGACACCCGGAUGUCACUCUAUUCCUGUGCACAUGCCACCUACUUUGCUCCUAGUGAGCUAAGCCUUCCAGGUGGCAUGUAUUCAGAGAUGAUUCGGUGUAGUGCAGAUUGGCAAAACAAGGGGCCUAGAUAUGAUACUGUUCUAGUGCAGGUUAGAGAUGCAGAUGAUGUGAUGGGUGGCAUGGUUGUGGCAAGACUUUGUGAGCUCUUCUCAUUUACUGUUGGGCACGAGCUAUUUGAAUGUGCUCUUGUAGAGUGGUUUAAUUUAGCUCUAGAUACUAUAGAUGCUCUAACUGGCAUGUGGGUGGUUAAGCCUGAAAAGGUGAACAACCAACAGGCCAUUGACAUUAUUCCACUUGACUCUAUAGUUCGUUCAUGCCAUCUGAUUCCUUACUUUGGUACUAGAACACUGAAAAAGGGCUGGGACUAUAGACAAAUGUUACGUAGCUUUAAGUCAUUCUAUGUUAACUGUUAUAUAGAUUACCAUAGCUUUGAGUUGUUAAAGUAG